GAAUGUAGGCCAGCAGCCUCAGCUGUCACAUUCACGGACCCCCCACAACUCAGGACAAGAGAGGCUCGCUAGAGAUCAGCCAUGAAACGGUUAAUCUAGUGCCAUGCUCAAUCGUGUGGAAGGAAAUUAUGGCACACACUGCUAAUCCUCAUGCUGUAGGGGAUAAAUAUUGACUGGAUUUUUGACCGAUAACUCCACAUACUGCAGUUUCGUCAAUGUUAUAUAAAAACUUAAUUUUUAGGGAUUGUUUUGAGUUUUAUUUACACGGACUUUGAACUCACCACAAUCUAUAUAAGUUAACAGAAAACUGUCGGUGAAUAAAUGCGGCUACAUUGUCUGUCGAAAGAGGAUUUGUAGUUGCUCACGGUAGUAAAAAAAAAAAAAAAAAAAUUACACGCCCACGCACGCGCGCACGAUUCUGAGGAGCCAAGUUGCGUGUAUGCGCGGUCACUGCAAAUGGAAAUGCGCGUUCACGUCGAGUCGGCGGAUCACUGCUGCUGCUGCAGGCUUGCAGCUGCGGAGUAAGGACGCAGUACCGCAGUGAAUGGACCGCCCAGCUCAUUAUUCUCCUCACAAGGACCUGUUUGAUGGAUCAAGCUGCCAAUUUAAUGUGAGAAAGUGGGAUUUGGUUUCUUGAGGAGGAAUCUCAGACUCCUGGAUGACUGGGAUGCACCGUGGGCUGGGCUGUCAUUUCAGACACCCAUGAAAAUGCUGUGAGGAGUAACCCGCAGAAGACCUCUGGCAGAUGGGGCCGGUGCUGGGGCUAUUAUUGCAGCUUUCCACUCACGUUUGAAAUGGAAUGAGCCGUCUGUCCAGGGAUGUCGCCGGGAGAUGGAAGGGAAGAAAAUUCUAUAAGAGGAUAAACAAAGCGGAGGAAUUACUUUAGUGCCUUGGAAAUGUGAAGACUGACACAAAUUUUCCGACCUUACGCAGGAAUUUGGAUUUUUCCUUUCAAUUCAGGCAGUGUAUAGUAUAACUGCUGGAUUUUUCUUCACCAUCAGCUCUAAAAAAGUGGACCGAUCCUCUGUAGACGCCCAUUUCUGGGGUGCUUUUUAUCUGGUAGCCAUGUUAUCCGUCUGAGAUACAGAGAAAAAAUGCCGCACAUUAAAAUGCAACCACCGCUUACAAGUGCCAGGAAAAACAGAACUAGAAAAACUGUAAGAAGCAACGGCACAUCUAAAGAUUUUGUCCUCCGUAUCUUCAUUCCACUCUUCCUAGUUCUGCUCUCUAUGCUUUCACCUGCUCUCUCCAUUAACAUGGAACCUAUAGAGAGCCACAGUGAGUUCAGCUGUGAGCCGAUCAGACUGAGAAUGUGCCAGGAUCUGCCUUACAACGCCACCUUUAUGCCCAAUCUCCUCAACCACUAUGACCAGCAAACAGCUGCACUUGCUAUGGAGCCUUUUCAUCCCAUGGUGAACCUGGUGUGCAGCGCUGACCUCAGGAUGUUCCUGUGCGCCCUCUACGCGCCGGUCUGCACGCAGUACGGUCGGCUGUCCAUGCCUUGCCGGUCCAUCUGCCACCGGGCCAAGGAUGAGUGUCAGAAACUCAUGGAGAUUUUUGGGGUAACCUGGCCUGAUGACAUGGAGUGCAGCAGGUUUCCAGAUUGCAACGAACCAUAUCCUCGUCCAGAGGACCUUCUGACAGACUCUGAACCCACUGGCCAGUCAUCCAUGACUGUCCAGAGGGAUUAUGGUUUCUGGUGUCCCAGAGAGCUCAAGGUUGACCCAGAUCUGGGCUACACUUUUAUGGGGAGGAAGGACUGCUCUGCUCCAUGCCCCUCCAUGUUCUUCAAUCAGGAGGAGCUCACGUUCACCCGACACUUUAUUGGAGUCAUCUCCAUCAUUUGCUUGUCUGCCACGCUCUUCACCUUCCUGACAUUCCUCAUCGAUGUUACAAGGUUCAGGUAUCCUGAGCGACCAAUCAUCUUCUACGCCGUCUGUUACGUCAUGGUGUCCCUGGUCUUCUUCCUGGGCUUCCUGUUGGGGGACAGGGUUGCAUGUAAUUCAGUCAGCCCUGCACAGUUCAGAGCACCCACCAUUACACAAGGCUCCCAUAACAAGGCGUGCACUCUGUUCUUCAUGGUUCUGUAUUUCUUCACCAUGGCCGGCAGCUUGUGGUGGGUCAUUCUCACCAUUACUUGGUUCCUGGCUGCUGUGCCUAAAUGGGGCAGUGAGGCCAUAGAGAAGAAGGCUCUCCUCUUCCAUGCUGUGGCCUGGGGCCUGCCGGGGGCCCUCACCGUCACCCUGCUGGCUCUGAAUAAAAUUGAGGGAGAUGGAAUCAGUGGAGUUUGUUUCAUCGGACUGUAUGACAUACAUGCACUGAGAUGGUUUGUGCUGGCACCACUCUGCUUCAACGUGGUGGUUGGCGUUUUCCUCCUCUUAGUGGGAAUCAUUGCUCUAAAUCGAGUACGCAUGGAGAUCCCUCUGGAGAAGGAGAACCAGGCCAAACUAGUCAAGUUCAUGAUCCGAAUGGGAGUGUUCUCUGUGCUCUACCUCAUUCCAUUAUUGACCGUGAUCGGCUGCUACUUCUAUGAGCACACGUACCGAAGUAUUUGGGAGACGACGUGGAUGGAAGAGAACUGCAGGCGUUACCAUAUUCCCUGUCCAUUCAAGGUUGAAGAGACCAGCCGGCCAAUAAUGGCUCUGUUCCUGAUCAAAUACGUGAUGAUGCUGGUGGUGGGGAUCCCCUCCGUUUUCUGGGUGGGCAGUAAGAAGACCUGCUUUGAGUGGGCCGGCUUCCUCCACGGACGCAGACGCAAAGACAGUGGGGUGAACGAGUCCUGCCAGGUCCUGCAGGAGCAGCCUGACUUUGCUCAGUCUCUGCUGCGAGAACCAAACACUCCCAUCAUCAGGAAAUCCAGAGGAACAUCCACACAGGGCACCUCUACCCACGCCUCAUCCACCCACCUGGCUACUCUGGACGACCUUGACGAACCAUUUAGAACUCACCACAGACACGGCGCAUCAACCAGGAGCAAGGCCAGCAGCGUCCACAGCAAAGCCAGCUACCACGGCAGCUUGCACCGCACUCGAGACGAAAGGAGCAAUUCCGUGGCUCACAGCGGCACACAGGACCGCAGUUUCCAUGGCAGCAUGCCCCGUCUGGACCACCCACUCUCCACUCACAGCAGCCUGCAUCAGAUCGACACCCACUCGAGGCGCAGCAGCCACCGAGACCUGUCUGAGGCUCCACCCACCCUCAUCACACACGGAACCACCGGCAGUGACGGCCGAAACGCAGAGGACGGCACCAGCGCCUGAUCGUCCCCGUGCACAUGCAGUGUGUGGUUAAAGGCUGUGGAAGGUCGGUCCUCACAGGAUACACAGAACACUCUCCAAGUUUGAGCAGCUACAUGCUAACAGCUGGGUUAGCAUCAUGCUCAGACUUUAUGGACUCAUGUUUAAACUGGGGGCAGAAAAUCCUUGAAGCGUUUUGCACUGGAUCGGACUGCAGAAAGAAGUCUGUGCAAACCAGAUUAAAAAAAAAAAAAGAACCUCCACCAUGUUUUCACACGAGUACUGUUGGGGUGGGGGUUGAUCACCAGUAUUAUGGUGACAUUGUUUUUUGAAUUUUUUUUUUUUUUCAACUUGCAGGACCUAAACAUUAAAUGUUAGAGCUCAUUUAAAUUAACACUGCCAAGUUAUUCGUUUUGUCCUAAUCUUAGGCAGAUUUUUUUUUUUUUUAAUCUGAGCUGGAACUUUUAAUGUUCGUCUUAUGGAAGCAAUGAAUGUGAGCCCGAUGUCAAACCCCGGGCUUUAGCUGUUUAGCAAGAUAUUUUUAUACUGUGAAAAUAGUUUGCGUGUGUGUGGUUGAGAGUUUUAACCUGUUAACACCUGAGAUGUCGCCAGCGACGCCGAAAACGUUCAAGGGUUAACGGGUAUUUUCACAAAAGAGCACAUCUGGCAAAAAGGAAAGGAAAUUUAGAAAUGAGAUUAAUACAAAAAAAAGUCUUUUUAAGUAAGAAAAAUAUAAACAAAAUCAGGUUUCAGGGUUUUUGGUAUAAUUAGCUUCAGUGUACCAGGACUUCUCACGCCUCGUAGAGUGGGAGUUCUCAGCUCACGUUUGGCUGGAUUUGGUGAGCAUUCAUUCUUUCGUUCAUCGCGGCUGCAGAAAAAGCCGGAGGGUCUCUCAUUAUGCGGGCGGUGCACAUGUGGGGGAAGCGCAGGUUCAUUUCUCCACCAGCUGCUAGCUACACCCCACAGCGAGAACACAAAAGUCAAUUUUAGUGGUAGAAUUUAGUGAAAACAAUCAUGUAAAUAAAAACAGAAAAGGGCAGCUACAUUUCAUCAUCUUCUUUUCCAGAUUACAUGUCAUUCUUUUGACAUUUACCUGCUGAAAUCCAUAAUAAUUGACCACAUUUUGCAGUUUAUCGUUGGAGCUAGGAUUGAAGCCGCAAGAGUUUACCAUUUCUAAAUUCAGCAGUGACAAUUACAGAAGUGUGUAUGCAAUCUUUUUUUUUUUUAGCAGUGUAUUUCUGUUCCAUGUGAUGGCAGCCGGCCAAACGUUCGGCGUGCUUUACAAACGCCGACGUUUAGCUUCUGCUUGUAAAGUUUGAAGAAGUCGUCUGCAUCUCUGCUCCCUAAUCCCUGGAAAUCAAACUUGCCUACCUCAUCGACCCCUCAGCCUUCGCCUUCAUACACAUUACUGCGUUACUUCUCCGUAAGUAAACAGUCAGCAAGUACAAUCAGAGCGGUGGUGCUUCACUGUUAGUUUUCCUCUCUUCCAUCCCUCUUCUUUUGCUACUUUUUUCUAAUCUGUGAUAUUUUUUUAAAAGCUCGUUCAGCUAUUAUUGCAUCAGUGUAAAUAUAAAACCUCAUCUCACUCAGAUGUUCUUAUUUAUACGGCCGAAAAAGAUUCAGAGAAAUGUGCAAAACGAGGCCGCUCGGUCGUCUCCAAUGAGGACGCAGUUGUGACGAGCCUCAUGGUUUGCCGCCUGACGGCAUUCGUCUCCCUUUAAGCGUGUGCGUAGAUGUUCUGUGUGAUGCCUUCGUCUCCUCUACAUGAACCUGAACUGUGCUUCUUCUGUUGGACCUACAGCGACUGUCUGUACUCUUGCAAGUCACCUAGAAACUCGAACACUUGGAAUUCUCUGUUUUUAAAUGGAACUGUUGGAAAGCUACACUUUUGAGUGUUAUUAACUAAUAUUGUGAAUUUUGAAACUUGACUUUUUAUUUAUUUGCAGUUUGAAACUGUAACCUGUUCUUUUACAUGCAGUCUAAUAAACGUUUUAGAGACGUUG